AUGAAGAAGGUACGGUCGAUAGCGGUGAUAAUACAGCGAGUUUUGAUUACGCUGCUAGUGUUUUGGUCUGCGAUGAAGGUGAUCCACCAUACGUCGAUUGUUCCAACGGAAAAAGCGAUCCUCGACUCGUGCGAUAGACCGUGCAACCGAGCAGACUGGCCCCGCAUCUGCCGAUACAAGCUGGUAGUGGAAAAACGUACCGUUUUCAAGUCCUCAGUGGAUCAUAAAAGUAUAAUUAGCGACGCUGAACCGGCUGGCGCUGUCGAUGCCGGGCAGUUCGCUGGUGGCAGAACUGGGGCCGAUGACUACUACCUUGUCAACGGAAAGCACACCGGACCGACGCUGAGCGUGUGCGAAAAUGAUUUCAUUGUGAUUGACGUCGAGAAUCGCGUCCCAGGCCAAAGUAUUUCGAUUCACUGGACCGGCCAAACUCAACGCCAUACGCCCUUCAUGGAUGGGGUACCGAUGGUUACCCAAUGUCCGAUUGCGAGUUACACCACCUUUCAGUACAAAUUUCAAGCAGACCGUGCCGGAACGCAUCUGUACCAUGGCUUCUCUAGUGAAGAACGAAAAAUGGGUUUGGUUGGUGGCUUGCUCGUUCACACGGUUCAUGAACAAAGAAAGCAUCCGUUGACUAAAAACAUUCGAGGAGAUAAAAUCUGGAUUAUAUCCGAAGGCAGCGGAUCGCUUCUGAUAAACGGCAAGAGUCGACUGCUUCAACCGGUUCUGGCUGGUGGCGUGAAAUAUCGAUUCCGUGUCGCCUACAUUGCUCCGGUCGAUGAAACGAGGUGCGAACGAUGGCUCGAGAUACAAGACCAUCAUCUUACGGUGGUUGCAAUCGAUGGAAAUCUAAUAGAGCCACUGGUAGUUCAGCGGAUGGCCCUGUCGGAUGGGGAUCGUGUUGAUUUCAUAUUACAAACUGCCACUUCGGCGAAGGACUAUCAGAUACGGUUGUUCGCUGGCAGCGAGGAUGGCAAAAAUGGUACCUGUUUCCAGCGUCGUAAAAACAUUUUGUCGAACAGGUUUAAACUCAGGAUGAUUGCAAACGGUGGUGAAGGCCCACUUUCACAGGAAGUGGCCUCGAAUGGACUGUACCCAAAUCAGCAACAGCAGCAGCAUCCGUUGGGAUUCAACGUGGGACGGUCGAUUUGCGAGGAAACCCCUUUUUCGAUCGGAUCCCAGCAGCAGCAGCAGCCGCAGUACCGACAACUUUAUGAGCAGCAGGUCUGCCUACUCGGUGCCAGGGCCAGUAACGAUGACGACACCGCCGGAAAGGAUAAGUUUCCGCCGCUGCUGCGUACCGUCGACAGGCAGAUUAAACUGAUUCUUUCGAAGCAGAAAAUUGAAAGGGAGAUCUUUGGUGAACAUUUUCACGAUAUCUCCUACUCCGUCAAUGGAUUUAGUUUCAUCUUUCCUACGGUGUUGAUGCUGUCAAACAUUCGGGAUGGCGAGUUAGUGCCACACCUUUGUGGUAAUAGCAGUCGCAUAAAUAGCGCCAACGGUCACAGCCAACAGGUGCCAAGUAAAUGUCAUUGGCCAACGACGCUUGACAAGUCAUGCGAAUGUGUUCACGUUGAGACUAUCGAAACAGGUCAUCGAGUUGAAUUGGUAUUAAUUAACGAAGAUCCGGAUUCUGACCAUUCCUAUCAUCUUCACGGCUACCGAUUCUAUCUGUUGGCAGCAACCCGCUGCUCUGACAAGGGUUGCUUAAACCAGCUGGAAGCAGUGCACCGGAAUUUCGACCGGCCAAUACAGAGGGACACGAUCAAAAUCGAGAAAAGGUCAUUGGCGGUGCUGCGAUUUGUUGCUGCCAAUGCCGGUCUGUGGAUGCUGCGAGAUCUGGGCGCUUGGUCCGGGUGGUCACGGGGGCUGGAUGUGCUGCUCAGUGUGACAGACACACCACCACAGCAAACCGGUAUCGAUUUUCCACCAGGUUUUCCUACCUGUCGAAAUUUUAUAGGACCAAAGUAUUUUCUUAUUUAG